UUUAGUCUCAACGCAACCGCACGCAACUGAGAACAAGUAUUAUUUAAGCAUAAUAAUAAUACAUACUUAAUUAUCAAGUAUAUGAAAACAACUUCACUUAUAGACAAGUUGUUAGCUGUACAAGUAUUUGUUUUCGCGUCAUAUGCAACUAAGAACAAGUAUUCCGUUCGUAAUUUAAGAGAUACAUCUUUGAUUGUAACACUAAUAUUUUUUUAAUUUAGAAGUGAACAAAGGAAUAAAGUGAUCAAAAUGUUGCCUGUUACGUGCCUUAUUGUUUUCGUCAUCGCUCUCAACCUCAACAACAUCACGGCCGCUAAUGUCUCUAAGAUGAGUGACAUGCCAAUCCAGUUCCCGGAACCAGUGCGCCAAGCGGCUGACGAUGAUCAUGUGCCAGCAUCCUGCCGAGACCUGACGUACUGCACGGUUAAGCCUGCAAAUUAUCCUGAGGAGAAAUUUAACCAGAUGUUCAAAGACUAUAAAGCUGUACCGCUUCCUGAGCUGGUGGUGGAACUGACCAACAAAGCGGGUGAAGACGAUGAUGAUAACUGCAAGUCGGAACAGACUUUUGAACCAUUGUACCAAGUAAGGCAAAAGAGGGAUAAGAUAUGGCGCACCGUGGUGCAGGCUCCAGGCCACGACUACGUGCAACGCGUUCGUCUAGAAACCUGCAGCAACGCCAACGCACCCUGCUUCGAGUCUUUCUGCAUGGCGUCAGAAUACAAGGCAGUCUGUAAACAGAACUACAACACAUGGAAGGUGGUCGUGGACAAGGGAGGCAACGAAACUGAGACCAUCGAAGCGAUCUUACCCGUCUCUUGCUCCUGCACGGCCGUGAAAGGGUAACCGACCAGGCCACCCAAUAUCUACAGUUUUUAUUCCUUUGUCUAUGGUUUAACCACCUUCACACGGCGUCAAGUUUUGUCGGAUCUACUUUUUAUCGGAUCCUGCAAAAUCGGAUAGUGCGUUCACGCGGUGAUCUCCCUGCCAGCGCACACGCCAUCCGACCGACACAUGGGUUCUGGUUUUUUGCGGGAUUCUUCAUCCAAGCUUGUGUGAACACAUGUAUUGAAAUACUGUAACCACAAGAUCAGAUCCAAUUUUUAGUACGAGCAGACCCAUUUGUAGUCGCAAAAAAGGAUAACAAAUUUAGCGGGAUCCGUUUUUUUAUCUGGAUCCUGCAAUCGUAUGCUUGUGUGAACGCGUGUAUUGAAGUACUCGUGUCACUAAAUCGAAUCCUACAGAAUAGUUCCCGCAAAGAAUCGGAACUGUCUAUGUGAACGUACCGUUACUCAGACCCUGGCCAUAGUCAGUUCAUAGCCACUGAAGAAGAUAAAGAUCUAGAUAGACUGAAGAAAAACAAGUAGAUACGUUUCAUACAUAAUCUAAAAUCGAAUGUUGUAACUGUGAUUUGUUGUAAGCUAAAGAGGCUUUCUAUUUUAUAGAUGAUAAUAAGUAGGAUUACAUUUACUCCUAAGUACCUACUAUGUAUUUCGAGUUACGCAGACUGAUCGCUUAAGAUUUUAAUUUACUCUUAAGAAGAACUUACUAUGUUUGCAGAAGGUACUAAGCGCCACCGCUCGCGUCGCUGAUAAGUUUCUCGGAGGUUUCUGUGAUUGGUUUAUCUUAUAAACAAACUAAGGAAAUACGAUUUUUUUUUU